AUUCGCCAGUAUGGAUCCUGAUAAGCAGCGCAACAUCGCAUCCCAAGGUGGCCAGGCCUCUAGCGGUAGCUUCCAACCCGGAGACCCCAGAGCCCGUGCUGCUGGCCAGAAGGGCGGAUCGAGAACCCAGUACGACCAAUAUGAUGAAGAUGAACCUGAGGAGUAAAUGAUGUCUCUACUAAGUGGAGGUAAACGUUUGUUUAUGAUCGUUAUGAUAUGAGAGGAUAAGGGCC